UUGGUCAGCAGCAGCUCCGGUGUUUUGAAUGGAGCUUCGAGACGUCGCGGCGUUAUGUCGAUAGCCUACUAGAUCUGCGCAAUGGAUCCGGCGAAGUCUGUACGCGUCUAUUUCGAUUUCUUUUUCUUAUUUUGCAUCUUGGCGAAAUGUCAGGGUCGCGAUUCAGACUCUGAAUAUGUCACCUGUGGAUCUUUAGUGAAACUGCUGAACACCAGGCACAACGUUAGACUUCACUCCCAUGAUGUGAAAUAUGGUUCAGGUAGUGGACAGCAGUCGGUAACAGGUGUGGAAACAGCAGACGAUGCAAACAGUUACUGGCGUAUCCGUGGUAAACCAAAUGAAAUAUGCCAGCGUGGGGCACCCAUUAAAUGUGGUCAGGCUAUCCGUUUUACUCAUAUGAAGACAGGGCGCAACCUCCACAGCCACCAUUUCAGCUCUCCUCUAUCGAACAACCAGGAGGUGAGUGCGUUUGGUGAUAACGGUGAAGGUGAUGAUUUAGAUGUGUGGACAGUCCAGUGCAGCGGGACGUACUGGGAGCGCGAAGACGCCGUCCGGUUUAAACAUUUCGGCACCAGCGCCUUCCUCAGUGUGACCGGAGAGCAGUACGGCCAUCCGAUCAGGGGUCAGCACGAGGUCCACGGAAUGUCCUCUCCCAAUCAGAACAACUACUGGAAGGUGAUGGAGGGGGUUUUUAUUCUUCCUGGUACUGAACCCUUAAAUCAUGAUGAACUUUGAUGACUCAAAAAGCACUGUACUCUCAGCCAAUAAAGACUAUACCACCAUUUCCAGUUAGUGUUUUAGUUUCAUUUGUACAUGUCUGGUUUGAGUUUUUUCUCUUUUCCAUUUAUUUUCUAGCCACCAUGUCCAGUGUGUAAUUUAGAAAUCAGUCGAAUGUAUAGAAUAAAGAUUACACCAACAAUA